CAAUGGUUAGUUUUGUAUCAGUUGGGUGAUUUCUUUUACUCUCUAGUGCACACUAAAAUGAAGGUUACCAGAUCUGAAAAAUUCUGGCUGCUCACCUUGCUAACUUCUACCUAGUUCUUGAUUUCCAUCUGGUUGUAUUUUAGGAAGUAUGAAAAGACACAUGGGAGAUGAACUUCAUAGCGGGCUGUGCUAGUUCAGCAGGCGUAUAAUAAUAAAACCAAACUGAAGCCACAAGGUGAAAACCCAGCCUCCGUGGUUCUUAAUGCCUCAGCAGGAUUAUUUUCACUAAAGAUGGAAACACUGGAGUCUGAAUUGACCUGUCCAAUCUGCCUCGAGUUGUUUGAAGACCCCCUUCUGCUCCCUUGUGCUCACAGCCUGUGCUUCAGUUGUGCCCAUCGCAUCUUGGUCUCAAGCUGCAGCUCUGGUGAAUCCAUUGAACCCAUUACUGCUUUCCAGUGUCCUACGUGCAGGUAUGUUAUCUCGCUGAACCACCGGGGUCUGGAUGGCCUCAAGAGGAAUGUGACCCUGCAGAACAUUAUCGAUCGCUUCCAGAAGGCUUCAGUAAGUGGGCCCAAUUCCCCAAGUGAGAGCCGCCGGGAGAGGACUUACAGGCCCAGCUCCACCAUGUCUAGUGAGAGAAUUGCUUGCCAAUUCUGUGAGCAGGACCCACCAAGAGAUGCAGUGAAAACAUGCAUCACCUGUGAGGUCUCCUAUUGUGACCGUUGCCUGCGGGCCACACACCCCAAUAAGAAACCUUUCACCAGCCAUCGCCUGGUGGAACCAGUGCCAGACACACAUCUUCGAGGGAUCACCUGCCUGGACCAUGAGAAUGAGAAAGUGAACAUGUACUGUGUAUCUGAUGACCAGUUGAUCUGUGCCUUAUGCAAACUGGUGGGUCGUCACCGAGACCAUCAGGUCGCCUCCCUGAAUGAUCGAUUUGAGAAACUCAAGAUCUUCUAAGUGCUUCUAAGUGUAUGUAAAAGAAUCUGUGUACCAACAAGUGAUGCAAACUCUGGAGAUGAACCUCACCAACCUGGU